AUGGACUCCUGGUGUAUCACUGACGAAGACAUGGCGGAGGUCAAGAAGGAAGCGUUGGAGCGUCUGCGUCCGUACCUCUGUGAGAAGCUAGUGGCAGACCGCCACCUGGACUACCUCCGGUCCAGGAGGGUCCUUACGCGGGACGACGCCGAGGACAUCUGCUGCAGGGUGGGGAACAGCAAGAAGACCGGUAGGAUGCUGGACUACUUAGCCGAGAACCCCAGGGGCCUUGACUACCUCGUGGAGUCCAUACGCCGAGUGAGGACCAAGGACUUUGUCAUCGGGAAGAUCACCAGCGAAGUCGAGGCGGUGAAGAGGAGAGAGGCGGCCAUCUUAUCAGCAGCAGGUAGUUCUCCGCCAGUCUGUAUAUGUAAAGAGAAAACUCCCUUUGUGUCGUUGCAAAGUGACAGUACUGGAUACAAAGGCAGUAGUGAAGCACAGUCCAUCCAAACCUCUCUGUCAAACUCCGAAGACAAGUGGGGUCAAAAUGAAGCAUCCUUUUCCUGGAGUGCCCUUCCUGAAGGAGUUAGUGUCUCUUCUCUACACAGUCUGCCAAAACCAGGAGAGCAGGGUGCCCCUUCAGUGCCCUUUGAGGACUCUGAGCCCGGGACCUUAGAGUCUGAGAGCAGUGACCAGUUUCACACCCUCCGUUCCUUUUCAACCCCCCCCCCUCUGUGA